AAUUUUUGAGGGCUUGUCAAGAAGAUGGCGGCUUCCUGGGCGGCAUGAAAAGAUGUAGAGUUAGCAAAAUCUACGGUGAAAGGUGUACCCAGGGUUGAAUUCGUUUUCUGAGUCCUCCCUCGAGAUUUUUUUUUGUAAAUUAACAAAUCGGAACGAGGCUGUGCAUGGGAUUUCUGUCUCGCUAGAGAAGUAGAAAUGGCUUCUUCAGGCACCAAGGCCUCUGGACCUGCGGUUCUGCAGCCGCGCUGGAAGAGAGUUCUGGGCUGGUCCGGCCCGGUUCCUCGCCCGAGACACGGACAUCGAGCUGUGGCCAUUAAAGAGUUGAUGGUGGUAUUCGGCGGAGGGAAUGAAGGGAUUGUGGAUGAGCUGCACGUCUAUAACACAGCCACCAAUCAGUGGUUUAUUCCUGCUGUCCGGGGUGACAUUCCUCCUGGAUGUGCCGCUUAUGGGUUCGUUUGCGAUGGCACCAGACUUCUGGUAUUCGGUGGUAUGGUCGAGUAUGGAAAGUACAGCAACGACCUUUAUGAACUACAGGCAAGUAGAUGGGAGUGGAAACGGUUGAAGCCCAAAGCUCCUAAAAAUGGACCGCCACCAUGUCCCCGUCUGGGUCACAGUUUUUCUCUCGUUGGAAACAAAUGUUAUCUGUUUGGUGGACUGGCUAAUGACAGUGAGGAUCCCAAAAACAAUAUUCCAAGAUACCUAAAUGACUUGUACACACUGGAGCUGCGCCCAGGGUCAAACAUAGCAGGCUGGGACAUCCCCAUUACAUACGGUGUCCUGCCGCCUCCUCGUGAGAGCCACACUGCCGUUGUCUACACGGAGAAAACGUCCAAGAAGUCUCGCCUCAUCAUCUACGGUGGUAUGAGUGGAUGUCGCCUUGGAGACCUCUGGACUUUAGACAUAGAUACUUUGACCUGGAACAAACCGACUAUAAGUGGUACAGCUCCUCUGCCCCGGAGUCUCCAUUCUGCCACCACUAUAACCAACAAGAUGUUUGUGUUUGGUGGAUGGGUUCCUCUUGUUAUGGAUGAUGUCAAAGUGGCAACCCAUGAGAAGGAAUGGAAAUGCACUAACACUUUGGCAUGCUUAAAUCUAGACACAAUGUGUUGGGAAACAAUCUUGAUGGACACAUUAGAGGAUAAUAUCCCAAGAGCGAGAGCUGGACACUGUUCUGUAGCUAUUAACAACAGGCUAUACGUCUGGAGUGGCAGGGAUGGCUACCGCAAAGCCUGGAACAACCAAGUUUGCUGCAAGGAUCUGUGGUAUCUGGAGACAGAUCGCCCACUGCCACCGUCACGAGUCCAGUUGGUCCGUGCCAACACAAACUCUCUUGAGGUGAGCUGGGGGGCAGUGCCCACUGCUGACACAUACCUGCUACAGCUGCAAAAAUAUGACAUCCCUGCUGCGACCGCUGCCACUUCUCCGACUGUCACCCCUUCUCUACCCGUCAACUCGCCCAAGAGUCCUGUGCCCGCAGCUGCUGCGCCUGCAGCUCAAAGCAUGCCCCUGUCUGGGGUCACGCUGGUGCCACAAAGUCCUUCACCCACCACCUCAAUUCCAGGCAGCCCACUAGCAGCUUCACCCCGUGGACCAGCUAUUCUUAAAGUGGCAGCACCUCAUUCAGCAACUGGGGCUUCGCUCGUGACUGUGCGUCAGGCAACACCAGGGGCCAAAUCCCCAGUCACAGUUACAUCACUUCCUGCUGGAGUUCGCAUGGUUGUCCCAGCACAGAGCACCCAGGGAACACCAAUUGGCAGCAGCCCUCAAAUGAGUGGCAUGGCUGCUUUGGCUGCAGCGGCAGCUGCCACGCAGAAGAUCCCGCCCUCGUCCGGAACCACUGUGCUUAAUGUUCCAGCAGGAGCCACCAUCAUGAAAACUGUUGCUGUGACUCCAGGAUCCACAACUUUGCCGGCCACUGUCAAAGUAGCUUCGCCUGUUAUGGUUACCAACCCUGCUACCAGGAUGCUAAAAACCGCAGCUGCCCAGGUUGGCACUUCAGCCAUCUCUACGCCCAACACCCCUACUCGUCCCAUCAUCACCGUACACAAAUCUGGCACAGUGACUGUGGCUCAGCAAGCCCAGGUUGUCACCACUAUGGUUGGAGGAGUCACCAAAACCAUAACCCUGGUUAAGAGCCCAAUUACCAUGGGUAGUGGUGGCACUCUGCUCUCCAGCCUUGGGAAGAUGAUGUCCGUGGUUCAGACCAAACCAGUACAAACCUCUUCAGUGACUGGGCAGGCUGGAAACAGUCCUGUCACUCUAAUACAGACAAAGACUCCUCUGCCCGCUGGUACCAUUCUGAAGCUGGUGACAUCUGCAGAUGGCAAGCCCACAACCAUCAUUACAACGUCCCAGGCAGGAGGAACCGGCACCAAGCCAACUAUCCUGGGCAUCAGCAGCGUCUCUCCGAACACAACUAACAAACCAGGCACAACCUAUAUUAAAACCAUUCCCAUGUCUGCCCUUCAGCAAGGAGCAACAGGUGUGACCAGCAGUGGUGGCAUCAAGUCUCCCAUCACAAUUAUCACCACCAAGAUGGUCACUCCUGGCACGGGCACACCAGGCAAAAUCAUUACAGCUAUGCCUAAGCUGACGGGUACAGGACAACAGGGGGUCACGCAGGUGGUCUUGAAGGGGGCACCUGGGCAACCGGGCACCAUCCUACGUACAGUUCCCAUGGGUGGAGUGCGGCUAGUUUCACCGGGCACUGUGUCAGCUGGGAAACCAACUGUUACGACACUUGUCGUCAAGGGCACCACGGGUAUGACAACUCUGGGUACAGUGACCAACACCGCAUCCUCCAGCGUGGUGGGUGCCAACGCCAGCCUUGCAACUCCUGCUACCACCCUUUCCACCAUUGCUACGCUGUCCAACCAAGUUCCUGCAGCUAUCACUGUACCUGCUGCACAGACCAGCCUCGCCACAGCCACGAUACAAUCUGCUCCACAGCCUACUACAGUUACUUUGAUCACAACACCAAGUGGUGCCGAGGCCCAACCUGCACCGGACCUUCCUGUUUCCAUCCUGGCAUCACCCACCUCCGACCAGCCCUCCAACACUGGUGCAGAUGCUGGUGAUGGUGCUGGCGAUGGUACGGCUACCGUGACUUUGGUCUGCUCUAAUCCACCGUGUGAGACCCAUGAGACCGGAACGACCAACACUGCUACGACUGCUGCUGCCAAGAUUUGUUCCAACCCCCCGUGUGAAACGCACGUAACGGGCACUACCAACACAGCCACAACCGCCUCGGCCAACAUGGGUGCUGUUCAGCAGGUGUGCACCAACCCACCUUCAGAGACCCAUGACACUGGCACUACCAACACGGCCACCACUGCCAGCUGCAAUAUGGGCUCUACAGAAAUGGGCACAGUUGACAGCAAACCAGGGGCUUCUACGUCAGGUGAGUCCACAGCUUCUGGUACGGACCCAGCUGAACCCGCCUCAGAGAACGGUUCUGCGUCUGGCUCCAUGCGUCCUGAGAAUGCCCGCACAGGGACCACCAACACCUCCACCACUGCCCGCUCUAAUAUGGGUUCUGAUCAGACAGGAACAGUUCAAAGCUCCAGCAAGAGCCAAGCUGCAAUUUCUUCCACGGUUAUGCCUCUCUCUACCAGCCCUUCCUCUGAGACACUUGAGACGAGCACCCCAGAUGCUUCAUCUAAUGUGGAAGGUGUUAAACCGGUCUGUUCAGAUCCACCUUCUGAAACGGGCACAACCAAAACUUCUACACAAUCAACCUCUACUGUGGGCAGUGGGGAGGCCAAUGUGGUGCAAAAGGUGUGCUCCAAUCCACCCUGUGAGACCCACGAGACGGGCACUACCAACACGCCGACCCAAGCUUCAUCGCCAAGUGGCGCUGGACAAGAUGGCACUGUGCAAAGGGUGUGCUCCAAUCCACCAUGUGAAACCCACGAGACGGGCACUACCAACACGCCGACCCAAGCUUCAUCGCCAAGUGGCGCUGGACAAGAUGGCACUGUGCAAAGGGUGUGCUCCAAUCCACCAUGUGAAACCCACGAGACUGGCACUACCAACACGCCCACCCAAUCCUCAUCUACCAUGGGUGCUGGACAAAAUGACACUGUGCAAAGGGUGUGCUCCAAUCCACCCUGUGAAACCCACGAGACGGGCACUACCAACACGCCCACCCAAUCCUCAUCUACCAUGGGUGCUGGACAAAAUGACACUGUGCAAAGGGUGUGCUCCAAUCCACCCUGUGAAACCCACGAGACGGGCACUACCAACACGCCCACCCAAUCCUCAUCUACCAUGGGUGCUGGACAAAAUGACACUGUGCAAAGGGUGUGCUCCAAUCCACCCUGUGAAACCCACGAGACUGGCACUACCAAUACGCCCACCCAAUCCUCAUCUACAAUGGGCGCUGGACAAAAUGGCACUGUGCAAAGGGUGUGCUCCAAUCCACCCUGUGAAACCCACGAGACGGGCACUACCAACACGCCGACCCAAUCCUCAUCUUCUAUCGGUGCCGAUGAGAAUGGCACCGUGCAAAGAGUGUGCUCCAAUCCGCCCUGUGAAACCCAUGAGACGGGGACUACAAAUACAGCCACUACGGCUACUAGCAGCUUAGAAACUGGAGAUGGAGCAGCUGAACAGGGUGGUGAGGGACAGGUUGACAGUGGAAUCAGUUCAGAACCCACAUCCUCUACAGAACCAGUCAAUCCUGCAACACAAAGCAGGGCCAUCACCACAGUGACACAGGCCACGCCCACUCCAGGACCAGCAGUACCGGAGAUCUCCUCCAUGGCCAGUUCAGCAGUUGUGGCUGAGGUUCCCGAGGUUCCAGGUGAGGCAGAGGCCAUGGAGCAGACAAGUGCAGAGGCUGUAGCAGCCGAACAGGAGCCAAUGCAGACAGAGUGCCAGGGAGAACUGGGUGAAGAAACAGCCAUCAGGGUGGUUGCCAUAGACGAAAGUGCAGGGGCCGAUGAGGGCACCGUGCUACAGGUUCAUGUUGCCAUGGAAGCGCAACCAGGCCAAGGAGACCAGGCUGAGCAGAUGGAUGCUGGUGUGGAGGGCGCAGAAGCGAUGAGUCUCGCACCUCAGGACUCUGAAGCCCUCGCUCUACCCCAGGAGCUGAUGUCUGCAGAAGGUCAGCAAACCACCCUCAUGGUGACCGGACUGACCCCAGAGGAGCUGGCUGUGACUGCAGCUGCGGAGGCUGCGGCGCAGGCAGCCGCUUCAGAGGAGGCCCAGGCCCUCGCCAUCCAGGCUGUACUACAGGCGGCUCAACAGGCUGUGCUCAGUGGAGAUGCAGGACAUGACCAGCAGCCAACCACCAUCCCCAUCGUCCUGACGCAGCAGGAACUCGCAGCUCUCGUUCAGCAGCAGCAACAGUUGCAGGAGGCGCAGGCGGCAGCAGCCCAACAGCUGAGUGCCGAAGCUGCUGCGGCUGCACUGCCCACCGAAGGUUUAGCACCGGCAGACAGCCUCAAUGACCCGGCGUCUGAGAGCAACGGUCACGAGAUGGCGGCGGCUGUUACAGCAACUGUGGCCCGUCUUCUACCACGCGCUUCUGCUGAAACUCUGGCCCCGUCGAUUACUUUCGCACCAUCCCAGCCGUUGGUGGUCGCCAGCCCUGCCAAGAUGCAAGCAGCCACAGCUUUGACCGAGGUGGCCAAUGGAAUUGAGUCUGCAGCUGGGAAGCAAGAUGCCCCUCCGGUUGUGGUGAAGCCGCCGGUGAAGAAAGAGAAUCAGUGGUUUGACGUUGGAAUCGUCAAAGUGACAAACAUGGUUGUCACUCACUAUUAUGUGCCGGCAGAUGAUUCUGCGGUUACUGAUGAUGAUUCUGGUACGGUGCCGGACUACAGCAAGAUGAAGAAGAUCGAAUUGUCUCCUGGCACAGCUUACAAGUUUCGUGUAGCGGGCGUCAAUGCGUGCGGCCGUGGAACGUUCUCCGAGGUCUCUGCGUUUAAGACCUGCUUACCCGGCUUCCCCGGAGCACCGUGUGCCAUCAAAAUCAGCAAGAGCCCUGAUGGUGCCCAUCUGACCUGGGAGCCUCCUUCAGUCACAUCAGGGAAGAUCAUCGAGUACUCUGUGUAUCUGGCCAUCCAGAGCUCACAGACAGUCGAGGCGAAAGUGUCCGCUCCGGCGCAGCUCGCCUUUAUGCGGGUGUACUGUGGACCUAACCCAUCGUGUCUGGUGCAGUCAUCUAGUCUCUCCAACGCCCACAUCGACUACACCACCAAACCCGCCAUCAUCUUCCGCAUUGCUGCACGUAAUGAGAAGGGUUAUGGCCCCGCCACGCAAGUCAGGUGGCUUCAAGAAACCAGUAAAGAUGGCUCGGCAGCCAAACCAGCAGCAAAGAGACCCGUCUCGUCACCUGAUAUGAAAGGCACUGGUCCAAAGAAAGCCAGAUCUGACCAGUGAGAGAGCUCUGACCCCGCCCUCCUUUGAGCUGAACCGUGACUAAAACUCCACUUCCUGCUGAAUGACCUUCUUGUCUUCUUCCAUGCUCUCCCCAUUCCAUCCUCCACAACAGGAAACGGGAGCCAAAAAUAGGAUGUAGUUCCGACUAAAAAGGAUAUCCAUCCGAGGAAAAUCAGCUCCCAUCACUGGACAUUAUGGUGCCAUGGACGCCAACUGUAUUUAUUAAACCAAUCAUAAUUGUUCCUUCCUCAGAGUCAAAAGCACAUGCAUUUGCUUUUCCUGACAGUUUUGUGUAAAAAGAUUUCAAUGGCAGCGUUCAGUUUAGUAUUCACCCAUCAUAUGGUUUUAUUUUUUACGCUUCUUUCAAUACAAGCAAUAGAUAAAAUUAACAUUUGCUCUUUUGUCGAUGUUUUCAUUAUUUGAACAAGUCUGUAUAUUUCAACCUUGUGCUGAAACGAUGCAAAGGAAACGGACGGAGCGCAGACGACAACGACUUCACUGGGAAACGCGUGGUUGAAAACGAUUCAAAUGAAAACGAACAGCACUUGGUGACGCUUGAGAGGGAAAAGACUCUGUAAUUAUUCAUUCAUUCACUGAGAGUUCAGUAGCUUCGUUUUACAUCACUGUGUGUUCAUACGUUUGCUGUGAGGAUCAGAAUCGAGGAGCGUAAUGCUGAAGAUACAAAGACUUCAACCCAUGUAGAUGAAAUCAUACUACUUUUGCAUUACGUCAACUAUAUCUUGUAUAAAGAGCAAAAAUCCCAAAAAUAGUAAAUGGUGAUACAGGAGUUCAUUGUGUGUGGUUUAUUUUUGUUGUUAUUUUUUUAAGAAAAGGUCUCUUCUUGUGUAUGUGUGCUUCAGAGCGACGUUUUAAAAACCUCACACCUCUCCUGAACAUGUCACCGGGUCAUUCCUAAAGUCUUUUUGAUUGGGGAAUUGAUAAGUGGUGGCCACGGUUUUCAUAUCCCAUGUUCAUUAGAUUUCAACUUUUUUGGGGGAAGUGUGGUGUAUAAUGUAUGUAUUUGUUUUGAAGAAUUUCCCACAACCAAGCUUGAUGAAAGUCUCUCUCUUUCUUUUCCCCCAUACAUUUUUAUUCUUUGGCAUUUAUUGGAGCCUUCAUCAGGAAAAAGAUGCUUUUAUUUUAAUCCUUGUCAUCCUUUCACUAGUUUAUAGUUUGUGUAAAUUAAAUUUCUCAAUCUGACCUUUCUUUUAUUUCAUGUGUUGGUAGACAUGAAUUUGAGAGUCUACUCCGAUCGACUGGGAUGUUUGGAGAUGUUGGCCUGUGUAAAUGCUGUAGUGAUGGAGUUUUAUGAAAGGUUUGACGAGUGUCGAAACAGUUUUUUUCUGUUUCUCCAAUGGUUGACAAACGUUCGAGACGGAUUGAUGGCUUAGCCGGAGCGCAAACUCGGUUGUAAAUUAGUUCUUUCACGUAGCAAGACGUAAUACAAAAAAACUCUUUGCCUUUUUUAUAUAAUUAUCUGUAACAAAAUGUUUUUACAUGUUGUCAUUUAUGAUUGCUUUUGUGUCUUGACAUAUAAAAGUAAUGGAAUUCUG